AAAAAAGAACUGAUAUCCUGCUAUCCUCUUGGAAAAGCCCUGCCUGCUACUGCCAGAAACAUCUAGAUACAUCAUGGUACAUGGGAUACAUUAAUCUGCAUUAAGCAAAUCCUCCGCGUCAUGUUGACGCCAAUCUCCAGUCGCAAAUGGUCGCAUUUGAGUAAAAUGAUUAUUAUAUAUAUUUAAGUUGAUUUUUUCUGGCGUAAUUGGACAUAACUGGUUGUAUUUAUCAUUAUAAAUUAACCAUAUUCAAAGAAGGGCAUAGUUCAUUAAUUUUCUUUUAGAUGUUUAUAUUUUUAUUUUAAUUCAAUCAUAGUUUAUAAACAAAACAAUUGAAAGGGAAUAAUGCAUCGAAGUGCCAAUCUUAAUCCGAGGUUGUCGGUUGAGGGAGGAUGGCGCAAUAAUAGAUGCUACAGGAAAUUAACAUGCAAAUUUUUUACAGAUUUCUCCGACAAAUGGAUCUCAAAAUUUGUAGUGGGUUUGGUGCUCACUAUUCUUCUGAUAAUAUUGCUUUAUAUAUUUCAACCAUUCCAAACAGAAGUCAAUAUAAUUGUGAUCGAUGCGAAAAGGCCGCUGCUAAUAGUGGACAAACAUUUUUUAAGUAUUGCUUUAGAUUCAUCUCUAAUAGCUGAUAACUUUCAAGGGUUUGAUCCAACUGAUUACCGAAUUAUAGCUCUGAUGCAUCCUUUUCGAGGCGGAUAUUUACGCAUUGGUGGAACGAUGGCCGAUCGAUUAAUUUUCAAUAGCAGCGAAGACCAUAAUAUUAAAAUAAUUAAUUCUUUCCUUGACAAUGGGGAAUGCUCGUAUGACGGAAAGUUUUGUAACGUUCUUAAACAAAAUUUUAAUAUGUCAGGUAAACAAUGGACCCAAUUGAACGAUUUGGCAAACAAGACAGGACAAACGGUGCUUUUCGAUUUGAAUUGUUUACUGCGCCACGCUAACGGGACAUGGGAUAGCGCCAAUGCUGAAAAGUUAAUAAAGUUUUCAGAUGAAAAUAAAUACGAUUUAAUUUGGGAAUUAGGGAACGAGCCCAAUUCCUUCAAACACGUAUUUGAUGUGGAACUUAAUGCUACUCAACUAGCGUACGAUUUUAAGCAUUUACAAAUGGUCCUGAAAAAAUAUCCUCGUUAUGAAAGAUCACUAAUCGUUGGACCUGAUAUUACUCGACCAAGAUCCAAGCAAGUUAUUGAUUAUCUGAAAGAGUUCCUCAUACACCAACAAAUUAGAUUGAACGCUAUCACCUGGCACCAAUAUUAUUUUAAUGGUAGAGAUGCCUACUUAUACUAUUUCGUAAAUCCCGAGAUCUUUGAUUUGUUAAAAUCAGAAAUUUUAUUAGUAAAGGAUGCUGUGAAGAAGCUUGAUAUGGAUUACAUACCACUAUGGUUGGGCGAAACGUCAUCGGCGUAUGGUGGAGGAGCGCCCGGUUUUUCCGAUAGAUAUGUAUCCACGUUUAUAUGGUUGGACAAGCUGGGUUUGUCGGCAAGAAUGGGCAUAGAAGUCGUUAUUAGACAGUCCUUCUUUAAGGGACAUUACGCAUUGAUCAGUGAUAUGUACGUUCCAAAUCCAGAUUGGUGGAUAAGCGUUCUUUAUAAGCGCUUGGUGGAUGAAGAGGUUAUUAAAUGUAAUUUAGUGGCUCCACCGGAGGUUAGAUUCUAUUGCCACUGUACGCCCAAGAAUAGGUACGUCGAAGGACCAGCUGUAACAGUUUUUGGAAUGAAUAUGAGAAAUUCCGAGGCGAUAAUUCGAAUUCAACAGCAAGAAUACAAGUUAUUAGAAAAAUAUAGAAUACAUGCUUUCAUAAUUCAAACUCACGUUUCCAUACUGUCAAGAACCGUUUAUUUGAACGAUGAAUUGCUGGUGCUGAAGUCGAAUUAUGAACUGCCCGAUUUCGUUCCCGUCGUUUCCACGUCUAAUAUGAUCGUUCUGCCUCCGUAUUCAUUAGGUUUUUGGAUUGUGGAGAGCAACCAUUUCGAAGCAUGCAUAUUGUGAGAACGUUUAUUGAAUUGUAUUUCUACAAAAUUUUUAAUUGCUUGAAAUAAAGAUAGU